UCAGACUACACGUUUCUUCGGACACUGAACAUCUCCGUUAACAACAAGUUGACGUUAGAUUUGCGUUAGAUUCCAUGUGUGUAGAAAGCCAGCUAGUUGUUCGCAUAGCGCGAUGGAUCAGUCGUCAGCUUUCCCUCUGUUGAUGCUGUUUUGGGCUGCACUUGUAUCUGGACACAGACAUGGGCCAGAUGACACAAUAGUGGCUGUUACAGAAGGAAGUGACGCCAUCUUGGGAUGUUCGCUGGACCCUCCCAAGAGUCUCGACCAAGACCUGUUUGACUGGAUCAAGGAUGAGAAGACGGACGUUAAGAAGGAAGUGUUCAUGUAUAGUAACGGCAGUCAUGACAACAACGGCCUGUCUGGUCAAGACAAACAGUUUCAAGGACGAGUCUCGCAUUUUCCAGACCAACUGAUAAAUGGCAACGCCUCCAUAAUCAUCCGAAACACAACGAUCGAAGAUGCUGGAGACUACACCUGUCUUUUUCUACUUCCUCAGGGACAGGAACAAAAAUGCAACAUUAAGCUUGUUGUUGAGCCGACGUUUAGGGACCGAUCAGGAGAAAUCUCAGGCGUCGCUCACAAGCCUUACGUUUCAGUAUGUAAUGUCUCAGAGUCCGGGGUUCAGCUGAAGUGUGAGGUCGAAGGUGCUUUUCCACAGCCGGAGGUGCAGUGGCUGGACAGUGAUGGAACCGUCCUUUCUGCUGAGGAUCCUGAGGUCGUAGAAAGAGGAGGUCGCUUCGACAUCACCCUCCAAACUACUGUGAUCGCCACCGACGGCAACUGCUUCCGCUGCGUGGUGAAGCAGCAGCACUUCCACCAUGAGAUUGGCUAUAAUAUCACCGUGCCUGAGAAACUGUUUGAGAAAACACCCAGAGAAGUGGACCCUGGAUCUUGCUCAGGCAGAAUGGUUUUGGUUGCUUUCAUUGGAGUUUUUCUUGGAGGUCUACUUCUUGCUGCAGGUCUAGCUUUACUUGUGGCUACAAACCGCAUGACAGUACGCCUGAAUGCAGGUAGGCGUUAGUCAACAAACAAUGGUUCAGCCCUACCACUUCAACACUCUGGGGAUGCUAAUUAUUCUGCUUAUUGUUAUAUAUUAGUGUAUUCUCCAAAUACACUUGAGGCCUGUGCAUUAACAUGGGACCAAUAGAGACUUCAGUAGCAAUAUGAAAACCACUCCAAAUUUCACUUGAGUGCAAGAAGCCAUAAAAGCACAAAGUGUCACUGCAGCAAAUUCCUUCCUGCUGGACUCAAACGAUCAAAUGCUGAUAGCAGAGACUUCAGCUCUCCAUCACCCUCCCACGGUGCACGACUCCACGACUGUUUUAGCAUCUCAACAUCUUUCUGUUACAAAUAAUGCUUCAGUGCCUAACACCCUCAUCCCCCCACCACCUCCACUGACUCUGUCACAGCGACCACGGAGGCCUCAACAGUGUCAGCUUCACCUCGGUCUCCCUCCAGGUUUUAAUUGUCUUUAUUUUAAUGUGUAUCAGGAUGAGGUCAUGCUCCAUCCUUAUUUAUAACAGUGACCUCAUUAUUUAUUACCUGUGUACCAAACCUAAUGAAAAAAAGUGGUCUAAAUCAAAUCUUAUUUUUCUCUUUGGUGAUUGUUGAAAAUGGUUAGUAAUUGUCAAAAGGCCAGAAUGUGGAAGUUUAUUUUGUGAGACAUUUUUCCGGAGGAGAUGUUUGGACCAACAUACACUCACUCAGUUACUUAUCUAGUGCAAACCAAAGCAGCAUCUCUGCCAUAAAAAACGACUUAUGAAGCUUUUACAUUUUUAGGUUUUUUUUUAAAAAAAAAAAAAGAGAAAAAAAAGUUUUUUUUCAGGUCAGUGAGUGCUUGUGUACUAAACUAAAUUCACGUGUUUCUGAUGUUUAGUCCAACCCAUAAUAUACAUGAGAGGUGCAAAACAACUAUAGUAAGAUACGAAAACUCGCACUUUUGUGUGUUUUCCUACUGAUAUUUUUUAAUGACCUGUUGUAGAAGCACAUUAAACACAUAAAACCUUAAAACAUCAGCAGGGAAUCUCACUUGUAAAACUCAGACGCAGCUGGUGAAAUGAGAUAAUAAUAAGUGUUGCUUUGAUUUUAAAGACUGUUAUUAAGAUAGAGACAAGCUACUGACCUAAACGCUUUUUUGUACCCGAUAUUGCCUUAAAUGCUGAUGUAACAGAAGGACAACUGAUUGUACUUUUCGUCCUUUUUUGCUCAAACUGUGUGCGUGACCAACAAGAUUGUAUUAGAAAAGGCUUUUUUAUAUGUGACAAUCAGAUAAAGUGCCUUCAGUAUUUACUCUGACUAUUUAUCCGCCAGAACAGUAUGAUAUAAAAAACUUGUACAUUUUAUUUUGAUAAUCUGACAGUUACGCUGCCCUAUAGCUCCCUCUUGUGGUUGCUUAUCGAUAUUGUUUUGGUAUCUCAGGGUGGUAGA